UACGAGCAGAGGAACAAAAACACACGCAGCAGCCCGGACCUCACCAGGUCAUCUGACCUUGGAAAACAAGAAGAAUCCCAAAAUCCUGGAACCUCCGACACGGAGGCGAGCAAAAACAAGCUGAAGUCAGCAAGGCACCAUGCAGGAAAGCCGACCAGCCCGUACGACAUCCUGAAAAUUCGGAGAAGAUCCGUAACGCAGAGCGAUUCACCAAGGCAAGAAGAAACUUCAAAGGAAACAGGUACGGAACUAGAACAUACCCCAAAUGUCCCAACAUCCAAUCCAUAUCACAUACUAUCAAAAUGCUUCGCCAAAGAAAAAACAGACAUGGAAAUAACCCCCAAUCCAACCACUGAGCCUCCUAACAACAAGCAAGCGAGACUUACAAACCCUAACCAAACAGACAUCCCAGCACAGCAGCAAAUUAACAAUCCUCCACCAAUCCACAUUCACACAAGAAUAACGGAAUUCAAAACCCUAAUAGCCACCCUAAAAGGAGCAGCCUACCUCCCCCAACAACAAAAACUCACACCACAACUACUAGACUCACUAACUACCCACAGAUGCCAUUUCAUCAUCGGAGGAGACCUAAAUUCCAAACACAGGACAUGGAACAAUCCAACUGCAAACACAAACGGAAACAUACUCUACAACCAUAUUAACAGCAAUAAUUACUACAUCCUUCACAGUGACACCUACACACACAAAACCCCAAAAAGCAGGCACUCAAACAUAGACAUUUACCUGACAAAUCUCACAGCACAAACUAUCUGCCACACAAUACAGGACCUCUCAUCAAAUCACCUGCCAGUCAUCCUAACUAUAGGCAACACAAACGUUCCAUAUACAAACAAACUACUAACACACACAGACUGGGACGCCUACAAAGCAUCCUGCAACAGACAUCGAAUAAACCACCGCAUUCACACAACCCAAGACCUAGACAAAGAAAUCCACAGACUAAACGCUACAAUACAAAACGCAUAUAAUCAAGCCACUACUAAAACCAAAAUAUACGUCAGAACCUACACACCAGACCUAAAACUCCUCGAACUAAUAAAAACUAGAAACAGACACCGCCGCAAAUACCAGAAAACAGGCCACCCAGAGCAUAAACUAGUAAGAAAUUACCUCACUACACUCAUAGACAAACACAUCUCCCAAAUAAAGCAAACCCACUGGCAACAAAAACUGAAAACCCUAACCACAGCUGACAGCUCACUAUGGAAAACAUACAAAACACUGCAAAACAAACCUAGACUCAUUCCCCCAUUGACAGCACAAGCAUCAACAGCAUACUCAAACAAAGAAAAAGCUGAACUUCUGGCGCAUACCUUCCAACAAAUACAUCAAACCACAAGCUCCCAAACCUCACCAUGGGAAACGGAAGUUCGCAACGCAAUUCUAACCACAUGGAAUAACAAUGAACCAAUAGACACCUCAUUUAUCAGCCUAAGGCUAAUCACCCAACUCAUAAGACCACUAAAAAACAAAGCACCAGAACCUGACAAAAUAACAGCCACACAAAUCAAAAACUUACCCAGAAGACCCAUACUACAACUGUAUUACAUCUACAGAUACGCUUACAAGCACUCAUACUUCCCAGACCCAUGGAAAACAGCCAAAGUCGCACCAUACCCCAAGCCAAGAAAAAAUCCCACAUACCCACAAAACUACAGACCUAUCAGCCUACUUAGCAUACUGAGUAAAAUAUUAGAAAGACAUACUAAACAGACUAAACACACAUCUGACACAAAAUAA